AUGAUCCUCGAGCCACUCCUUCUCGGUGCUGUUCGAGAUAUGACGACUAGGACAGCGAGUCAUGCUGGUAGCUGGUACACUGGUGAUGGUCAGGUGCUUUCGGAAGAGCUUGAAGGCUGGCUGAACGAUGUCAACUCCCAGAUUGAGGACGUUGGGAAGAUACCACUCGCGGGUGCAAGGGUGAUCAUUGCGCCGUACGUGAGCCAGCAGCGUCCUACCGCAGCGUGGGCGUAUCAAGCACUCGACGUUUCCCAAGCCAAACGCGUCUUCCUCCUCGGACCAUCUCAUCAUAAAUAUUUGACUGGUUGCGCACUUUCGAAGCACGCCACAUAUGCCUCCCCCGUCGGAAAUCUACCCCUGGAUAAGGAUACUAUUACAGCUCUGAAAUCGAAAGGUCGGCUUGACGAUAUGUCCACGGGCACUGAUGAGGCGGAACACAGUCUCGAAAUGCACAUUCCCUACAUCUACCAUAUGCUUUCCAAAAAGUUUGAUCCUGCUCACUUACCUCCCCUUGUUCCUAUCUUGGUUGGCAAUACGAACCCGAACACCGAGAAAGCUUUUGGGUCUUUGCUCGCACCGUAUCUUGCCGAUCCAGCCAAUAUCUUUGUCAUAAGCAGUGACUUCUGUCAUUGGGGAUCACGUUUCGGAUAUACCUAUUAUGUACCUCGUUCAUCUACGCAGGUAAGAGACGGCCAUGAAUUGAGCAAGCGAGAUUCACCAUCGGACCCUCCAAUCAAUGAAAGUAUCGGACGCAUCGACAAGGCUGCUAUGGAGGCCAUUGAAUCUGGCAGUCACGACGCUUUUCUUGCAAAUUUGCACGACACAGGCAACACCGUGUGCGGGCGGCAUCCCAUAGGCAUAGUGAUGGCAGCAAUUGACUCUCUCAGGCAGGAAGCAAAGUUGACUGAGGACCAGGGCUUUUUCCAAUUCGUAAGAUAUGAGCGUAGCAGUGAGGUCAAAGAAGCUCGAGAUAGUAGCGUGAGCUAUGGGUCGGCUUUUGCUGUCAUGUAA